AUGGCGGUCUCGGUGUUCCCCGGCGUGCGGCUCCUCUCCAUCGGAGACGCGAAUGGAGACAUACAACGACACUCAGAGCAGCAGCCCUUGCGGUUAGAAGUCAAAAGCACACAAGAUGCUGCCCUCAUCAAUCUCUCCAAUGGAGAGGAGGCGAGUGUGUUCAAGUGUUCGGUUUCCAGGGAGACAGAGUGCAGCCGCGUGGGAAAGCAGUCAUUCAUCAUUACACUGGGCUGCAACAGCGUCCUGCUGCAGUUCUCUUCACCUGCAGACUUUCAGUCCUUUUAUAACGUCCUGAAGAACAGUCGUGGGCAUAAUGGUGAGCGCUCAGCCUUCAGUGACAGAACAGAGGAGUCCUCUGCUGUACAGUACUUCCAGUUUUAUGGCUACCUCUCCCAGCAACAGAACAUGAUGCAGGACUACGUUCGGACAGGAACUUACCAACGGGCUAUUCUCCAGAACCACAGCGACUUCAAGGAUAAGGUGGUUCUAGAUGUUGGCUGUGGCUCGGGGAUCCUCUCUUUCUUCGCAGCCCAGGCUGGAGCCAGGAAGGUCUACGCUGUGGAGGCCAGCACCAUGGCACAGCACGCUGAGGUGCUGGUGAACAGUAACCGUCUAGGAGAGCGUGUGGUCGUUAUCCCAGGGAAGGUGGAGGAGGUGACGCUGCCUGAGCAGGUUGAUAUCAUCAUCUCGGAGCCCAUGGGCUACAUGCUGUUCAAUGAGCGGAUGCUGGAGAGCUACCUGCAUGCCAAGAAGUUCCUUAAACCCAAUGGCAAAAUGUUCCCAACUAUUGGUGACGUCCACCUGGCCCCCUUCACAGACGAGCAGCUCUACAUGGAGCAAUUCACCAAGGCCAACUUCUGGUACCAGCCCUCCUUCCACGGUGUUGACCUCUCUGCCCUCCGGGGGGCAGCAGUGGACGAGUAUUUCCGUCAGCCAAUUGUGGACACAUUUGAUAUCCGUAUCCUGAUGGCCAAGUCAGUCAAACACACAGUCAACUUCCUGGAGACCAAAGAGGAGGAUCUCUACAGGAUAGAGAUUCCCUUUAAGUUCCACAUGAUGCACUCAGGCCUGGUGCACGGCCUGGCUUUCUGGUUUGAUGUGGCGUUCAUGGGAUCAGUGAUGACAGUAUGGCUGUCCACAGCACCCACAGAGCCUCUCACCCACUGGUACCAGGUGCGCUGUCUGCUGCAGUCUCCCCUCUUUACCAAGGCCGGGGAUACGCUGUCUGGCACUGCACUGCUGGUUGCUAACAAGAGACAAAGCUACGACAUCAGUAUUGUUGCCCAGGUGGAUCAGACAGGAUCAAAGUCCAGCAAUCUCCUGGACUUGAAGAACCCGUUUUUCAGGUACACAGGCUCCACCCCAAACCCCCCUCCUGGCUCACACUACACCUCCCCAUCUGAGAACAUGUGGAACACGGGUUCGGCCUACAGCAUGAGUCAGGGGAUGGCUGUAUCAGGGAUGCCUGCAGCCUAUGACCUCAGUACAGUCAUCGGCAGCGGUCCGUCAGUGUCUCACAACAACCUCAUCCCCCUGGUGAACACAGGAAUUGUAAACCACACCCACUCCAGGAUGGGCUCCAUCAUGAGCACAGGAAUUGUCCAGGGAGCCACUACGGGCCAGUCGGGCCUCAGCAGCAGCGGUACUUACUAUCCUGUCACCAACCAGUUCACCAUGGGUGGCGCUGCCAUCUCCAUGGCCUCACCUAUGGUCAUCCCCAGCAACACCAUGCAUUACGGCAGUUAAGACGAAGAACUCGCAAAGACCUCUUCGUCCUCCCCGCCCCCGCAUGAUGAGAUCCCCAGCCCCUCCCAGUGGAGCCCCUCAGUCCGCCCCCCACCCUUCAACCCUGACUGACCCACCAACCGCAGCCAAAACCAAUAUACCAAAACCUGUGCUGUGCUGGCACGCCCCCUCUUGUUUGUCACCCUCAUUCUACUCUGUUCAGUCCAUAUGACUAUAAGAACGGUUGAACGCUCUCAUAUCCGUCCAGACGUCUGUCUUGCUAACAGACAAAACCUCCUGUCCCCCCUCCCCUGGGAUCCAUUGGGAUUGUAACAAGUGCACAGCCGAGGUGCACUGCAGUUAUCAUCUAUCUCUUUCUUGGGUUUCCACCCUCCUCCCUCAACAUGUAUCUCGAUCCCUCCUCUGCCCUUCCUGUCUCUAUUUUUUUAAUGUGUCAUGAUGACCCACCCCCCCGUGUGAAGUGUUUCUUCAAACCCUUAUUUCCCUAAGAACCAACUUGUUGCCAGAUACCAGCAUCAGUCCGUUGCUACAAUUCUCCGCACCUCCUUACCAGACCUACACUGAAGCUUUUCAGUAGUGCAGUAGGACACUAUUAUCAUCAACACUCAUCUCUGGGCUGCCAUCUUGGCUUUGCAUAUCUAAUCCAAGGCCUGUCUACACUUCUCUUAAGAGACUGACUCAAGCCAGACGAAACAGUUCCUUCAGAUCACAGAACAACAUAUUUCCCCCACUACUCAGUCUACUCUCGCAGAUAGUUUUAGGCAGAGGCAGCAGCAGAUAUAUCAGAAAACUGAAGCUGUCGACACGCCGAGGCCCCCCAAGGAGUGUGUGGAAAAUAUGCUUUUUGUGACAUGGACAAACUGCUCAUUACCCAAUGUGUGGUUCUACGUAAAAGCAGUGGUGUCGAUGCCUUCCACAAAGAUCGAUCCACCGAUAUAUAUCACAUUUUGGGCGAAUGGCACAUUGGUCACCUUCCAUGCUGAGUAAUGAGAUAAAUAAGCACUGUCAUCAUCUGUGCGUCUGCUGGGGAUUGUAGUCUCCAGUCCUCUUUGCUAAUGCGUACACUACAUUGAAGUUGGCUCCAUGCUAGCAUGUUAGGGUGCAUCACAUCAAAUGAUAGUUAGCCUUAUGGUUACAUAUGGUUAUCUUCUGUCGCACAAAUUAACUGUUCUGAUAUUUUUACUGCACGGCACUGAUACAUCACCCAUGUAAAGUUGUUAUGGUGAUGCUACAUAGAGCUGAGGGAAGCUGCAGGGUGAUAUUUCUGGGCUCAUCAACUGCUGACACCUUUGACAUUACACAUAAUCAUAUGAUCCAUUGUUACAAUUACCACGAUUCAUGCAGCUUUAAAUAUGCUUGUACAACUUACCCUCGCUCGUGAUAUUGUUAGCUUAGCUGAGCUUGAUGGCUUGAAGCAGGCAGAAACUGCUGCCGUUUUGUGUAUCUAAAAUUAGAAUAUGCACCUCCCAAAACCUCCAGAGCUGUCCAAGUCAAACUUUAUAUAUUAUUUAUGUAACAUGUAAAAAUCAAACUGUAAAAGAUGUUUACGGCUCAGUAUGCUGGAGACAUUUUUUGACUAACAACAUCUAGGUGCUGUGUCUGCACGCAGCAUCUGGAAAGUCCUGUCCUCAUAGUGGGGUUGCCAGGUUUGAGCACCGUCCAAAGUGAACAAAAAGCCAGGUGACUCUUUUAAUCUUCUCUUACAACCAGUUAAUAAAAGGAGUUGUUGGAAGGUGUAUUUUGUCUAGACUAACUUUUUGUCUUGCAACCAGUCUUAGCACUGACAUAUAUCUCUGCAUUAGACAAGAAACUGAAUUAAUAGGUCUCUUUACCCGGCCGUGAGUUUGUGAUUUGAGGUUGGGUCAAUGCCUCGCAAUGCUUCAACUAGGUCGCAUAAUGUGUGAUGUGAUCACAUCUAAAGGGAAGUGUGUUUGAAGCUUUGAUAGCCUAUUUGUGGCAGCAUCCCACUGCCUCCCUGAUCUCUGUGUAGUCACAUGGUGAUGAAUUGUAUAACACUUCCAGUCUCUCAGUGAAACAAUUCUUGUUGUUCCACUUAGUUGUACGCACAAAAUGUGACAGUAGUAUUUGUGUGAAUAAUUAAAAAAAAGGGCCUGAUAAAGACCAACCCUGCUUUCACACGGUCAGCAAAUUGCUAUUUUAAGAAGGCGUGCUUGUUUGGGUUUGUGUUUCAAUAAGUUGCCAGAUCUGACGAGCACUUUGUUUGAAGCAUACAGAGGCCUUCAGUGUUAGGCGAUCCCGUGAGAUGCCAGUCUAUCAGGGAUUCAGGGAUGAUUUUGGUGUGUUCCUGAUACCCAACACAGAAGGUGACCAAUGGGACAAUCAGCCGGAAACUUUGUUAAAGCUUGUCCUGUAAAACCUGAAACACGCCUUCUGCUGCUCCCGUCGCCCGUUCUCUCCACCCAAAAGCCGUUCUUUUUAGCUGAGAGGACAUUGCAGCAGCUCCUCCCUAGCCAGUCAUUUGCUGAGCCAGAUUGCUCCAGCACAGUCGGAGGAGGAAGAUUCGAAAACACACCAGUAAGGACCAAUGACCCAGGUGGCAGCCAGCUGGCUGCCGGAAUGAGAAAAGCUGUGCUGGAUUGGCAGCAUCCUAGUUUACAUCCUCGCUUCCUUCCCCUGCUUCUCCUCCCAACCUCCUUUGAGACUGAGAAACUGUCGCAAAGAGACUUGAGUGUCGAGGCGUGGGAGACCAGGCCACCUCCCUCCUCGUCUGUUCACUAUGUAUGACCUCCAACAUAUCAUGCCCCCAACACACCCGAUGCCCUCGUCCCCUUUUAUCAGUCAAGAAGAGAAAGACUGACACGUAUGCAUUGCUUCCAGUGACACAACUUUUGGACUCAGUUCAUUCGGAAUUUAUGAGUUAGCAAGUUUUAAGAGAGCUGAGAAAAAUGUCUUUGUAGGAUUAACCUUUUUGUUGUCUUUGUUCUGUUUUUUUUUUCUUUCACAAAAAACAACAAUGAAAAAAAAAGAGGGCAAAUUAAAUGUGGUGGAGCUGUUUCAAAACCAUCUUUGAUUCGGGUGUUGUAGUACUUUAAUUUGUUCCCUCUAGUUUGUUAAAUAGACUGUGGACACACCAGAUGUUUACCAUGUGGUAGCUUGCCGUUAGCGAUCAUGUCCCUUUUGUCAUGGAAUCAUUGCUCUGUGUAGUCAAUAGUGGCCUCCACUUUUUGUCAUGGAAAAGUGUAUGAGGAAGACUGUCAUGUCAUGUUUUGUCAUUUCUGUGUGUUGACCAACCAGUAAUAACACCUUUCUCACUGUCUGACAUCGACUCUUCUGCUCCAGACUCAGCCAGAGAGAGUCUCUCUGUCCAGAAUACUGUGGGAAGAUUCUUCUCCAUCCAGAACUUGAAAGCUUCUGCAGCAGUUGCAAUUUAUAUCUAACAUUUUUCCCCGAUGCUGGUGGUACACGGGAAGUCAGGGGGUUCACGGCCGUCCGUCCAAUAGUUGUCGAGAUCUUUCAGCCUUGGCCAAAGUGGUCACCACCAGCUAAAAAUAUGUACCGGAGGAAUCCGUACAAUCAUGCAGGAAUGGGAAUAUAACACAGAUCCCAACAGUUCAGGGAAAAAACAGCUGAAUUUAGAUCAUAGAAAAUAAAGGAUGACAAUGUGUGUGUUGAAGUAAACUGAAAAACUCUGAAGUGGCUGGAUGCAGCGGAUGACUGGCCGACCACAGCGGCGACCUGGAGUCUCACUUGGUGUAAAAGUUUCCUCCUCAUGUUCAUGUAAAUGACAGAAAAUCACACAUCAGCACCCCGAUUAUAAAUAUUGCUGUAGAUGACUGCAGUGGACAUGUUCAUCAUAUCUACCACAGCCAAUGAUGGAAGUGGUUUAUAACUCCAAUUAACGGUCAUUCAAAUUCUGGAAAGGCUUCCUGCAUGGAUAUAUUGUUUUCAGGCAUGAGUACAUCAUCAGUGGCCUCUCACCCCAACAGCUUUCUCAGGCAGCGCUGUGCACUCACUAUACUGUAUGUUCAUGACACACACACACACAUUUUCCACACUGAAUGCUAAGAAAUGAGAUAAGCCAGAGGAUUUACUUCUUAGCUGUUAGUGUCAAGUUCCCCACAAAAUCAUUAACUACAGUUUCUAGGACUAAAAAUAAAUUGACAAAUAAGUUCAAAUCAGACUCGUCUGCUGUACUUGCACUAGUAAACUAGUGGCAAGAUUACAAAUCUGACAGACUGUACAUCCAACGCCACUUUCAGUGUUUCACAGUUUUGAUGCUCUGCUCAGUGGGUUCCUAAAAUCUUCACUGCAAUGUGUAAUCUUAAUGUUUUUUUUUUUUUUUUAAUGAUUGGCAGCUGCUUACAGCCUACUUUGUUGCUUGCUGGGAAAAGCACCAUUGUGUUUGGUGAUGUGUCGCUCUCGUUGGAUGAAGCUGAGGACGCUUGAAUUGAAAGUCAUGGAAUUACCUCCACAGACGACUCAAACAAGUUCAGGAUGUGUGCUGCUUUCUGAAACUUGAUUCACUGUCCAUGUUAUUCACCAGCAUUCUCAUUAUAUGAGCAUUCACUGCAAGGGA